GGAGAAGAAAGGGAAGAUUAAACAGUAUGGCGACUACAACCGUUCAGAGGUCUGGAGAGGAGGAGCAAAAUUAUGAGUUAUACUCCGAUGCAGUGCACAAGUUCAUGGUGUCAAUGAACACUGUAGUUCUUGGGUUUCUCCAGCUCGGCGACCCAUCUGCUGCCGGAGCCAAUACAACUUCCUCUGCAUUUGUCUUGUUCGAAACUUAUCGAACCACUUUCCUCUGUUACUGGGUUCUCAUAUUAAUCUACGCCCUUCUUCGUAUCUACGAGAUCAAGCUCCGCAGCCGUUGGUUUCGUAUGCUCGUGGGACAUAUUAGCCAUCUAUUUGGCUCACUCGCACCUCUCUUGCUCGUAUCUGUUAUUUCUCCCAUCUUUUCUCUUAUCGUUGCUCCCGUCUGGCUUGUUUGGCUUUCCACGGUACUGUACAUCGCUUUCCGAGAACUCAAAAAUCCGCGAGCAAAUUCAUCGGGGGAAGUCGAGCUAACAACCCCGCGAGUGAUGACGGUGUAG